AUGACAGAUUAUUUUGGUCCCUCUUUCCCAAGCAAUCCUGCUACCAACGAUGCACCAGGUACAGAUGGCCGUGCAUUCAACGAAGAAGAUGGCAACUCGUCUGCAUCCACCUCUCCAGCUGGUAAUCUUAUUUUGGGCUAUUCUUCUGGUGUGAAUCCCAAUACUGUCUAUUAUGCCUCUACUCAACAGUUCCCUACAAUGCUCUAUGAAUACUAUGAUGGUCAUGCGUACUCUCAAGCUUAUCCAGGCCAACAGAGUAUGGUGUAUAGCUCUUCUUUGUCCUCUGAAGAUCAUUUGUAUGUGCAAAACGGUGAAAUGGCUCCGAACACUACAUCUCCAACCUCUAGUGUCUCGUCUGGUUCCUAUGCCAACUCUGCUUCCAAUAUAUAUCUGGAUGUUCCAAGAGAAGGCUUCUAUUUGAAUGACACAAUGACUGCUGGUCGAGAGAGUACAGAACAUAUUACUGCUUCUCCUGGUUCCAAUGGCUCACCUGCUCAUCUCAAGAGAAGAGCGAUUAUCCCUCAGUCUGCUUUCAAUCAUCUUACUUUGACUGAUCCUGCUUCAAUGAUUAACGGCAGCGGCGACUAUUACGAUAAUCAGCACUUUGAAAGCAAGAGAGCGGAGCACACUUCAUCAUAUAAAUACCACUCCUAUAGCCAACGCCUUCUCAAGGAAGAUGAUUCUAAGAAGCCUCAGCAGCAUGUCAAAAAACCAUGUCGAACCAAGGGCAAGAAGAAGUGCAGCAACUGCCACGCCACAGAUUCGCCAUCUUGGAGACGCAGUAUCAGCAAAUCGUCAAAGGGCGAACUUGUUUGCAACGCAUGUGGCCUCUAUGAAAAGACCGCUAAAAGAAAGCGUAUGCUUGUCACUGGUGAAGAUGGUGCCACUAAGGUUGUCCGCAAGAGAGAUCCUCGAGGUUUUUGCUGCUCAAAGUGUGGUGCUGAAGACUCUACUCGUUGGCGCAGAUUUGAUGAGCGCACUGUACACUGUGAAAAAUGCGUUCGUAGUCGCAGAUAA